UAUAUCGAAUGGUUCUCGUCGUUUCUGUUGGCUCCCGAUCGACACCACGGCCUUUACAAGGUCUCGCAUUCCUUGCUUGGUGGCGCAAAAGUGGCAAGCAUUGUGCCAUUGUCGAAGAUCGUGCGGAGUGCCCAUCUUCUACCGAAUUUCGGUGCCGUCGUCCUGCGAGAGUGGUCGAGUGAUACAGUUCUAGAUGACUGUAACACUUUUGGUUGA